AGAGAGAGAUUUCAGCAAACACCUACUUUCCCUCCCCCUUCACAGCACACCACCUCUGCACUUCAUGACUCUUCCUCCUCAGUGUCUCGCCAGGCGCCUUACUAGCAACACACUCACACUUCCUUCCCUUCCAGUCAGUCAGUCAGUCAGUCAGUCGGUCAAAAUACAAGGAAUUUUCAGCCUCGUCUCCUAAGAGGCGGUGAUGGCGAGGAAGGCGGUGGCGCUGAUGGUGGCGGUGAUAGUGGCGGUGAUGGUGGCGAAAACCCAAUCAGCUACGCCGCACGCACACGCUCACGCACGGACGCCCACGCAAGAGGCACCCCUGGACCACGGCGACGCAUUCACGUACGCACAAACACAGACAGACACGGGGACGGAAGAAGCAGAUGUGGUGAUAGAUAUAAAUAACAACACUGGUAUUCUGGCAACGGAGGAGGAGGACGAGGAGAAGGAAGAGGAGGUGGAGGAGCCAACACCCCUGCACUUCUCCACAACAGAUAACGUGAGCCUCGUGAUGGCGUGUAUUGAAGCUCUGGGCUCGAGGGGCCUGCCUGAGCUACGCGCCAGUCAGGGGGAGGGGAAGACCUUCGCUUGCAACACACCGGAGGGCGUCGCACAUUUCCGCUCACGCCGCGCCGCAGGGGACUGGAAACCCAUCAACACUUCACGGCCCGCUGACGGAGGCACUGCCGGAGAGGAUGACGGAGGCACUGACGGAGGGGAUAAAGGUGCAGGAGGGUUGUCUCUCGCCUUACGCGGAGAGAAACCCUCAGAUCAGACAGGACAGAGUACAGCACCGCACAUUGUUUUACCCCAGGGGCCGCGUGUGUCUGAGCGGGUGGCGGAGGGCAGGGACCACGGCCACAAGGGGCACGGCAAGGGACAUGGGCACGGACAUGGUGGUGGAGGAUACGGGCACGGCGGCGGGCAUGGCGGAGGGCAUGGCGGAGGGCACGGCGGGGGACAUGGAGGAGGGUACGGACAUGGCGGAGGGCAUGGCGGAGGGCACGGUGGGGGGCACGGAGGAGGGUACGGCCACGGGGGUUACAAGGCCGCUAGUUAUGAUUACCAGCCUCCGCCCUACCACAAGGGGCCCAGCUACCACCCGGCGCCGUACAAGGGCCCCGCCUAUAGCCCCUACGACUUCCAGGCCAAGGGCAAGGCAAAGUUUAGCAAGAAGGUGAAGUACGGAGACGACCCGGUGAAGGAGUCGCAGAAGGCACAUUACCACCACGUCGGGGAUAAGCCGCUGGCAUUCUUCGGCGGCUUUGGGGGCGGCGGCACUGUUGGCUACGGGCAUGGUGGGGGUUAUGGCGGUGGGCAUGGGGGAGGAGGUGGUCAUGGGGGUGGUCAUGGGGGUGGUUAUGGAGGUCAUGAUGAUGGGUACGGCCAUGGUGGGGGGCACGGUGGCGGCUACGGCGGGGGAGGACACGGGGGAGGACACGGAGGUGGGCACGGCUAUGGGAAAAUGGUGGACACGUACCAGACUCACGAGCCGCACUAUGACAACACGGAGCCAGCCCCUACUUAUGAAACCCACGCCCCUGCCCCUAGCUACAGCCCCCCUGCCCCUAGCUACUCCCCCUGCCCCUAGCUACUCCCCCCUGCCCCUAGCUACUCCCCCUACCCUUAGCUACAGCCCCCCAUCAACUUAUAACCAAAACACGUACAAUCCACUGCCUCUCUCCCACGCCCCUGUCGCCCCACACGGCCCCCCUGCCGCCACCUACAAGCCCAAGGGUCCUGUCAUCAACUACGAAGUUUUAGAUGACCCCUACAACACCUACAACCCGAAAGAUGACGUUAGUUUAUCGAAGAGCAAAGAAUCGGAGUCGUCAUACAGCAAGGCGAGAGUUGGAACCUCCUCCGUUUUCCAGUCCAGGUCUGAUUUGAAAGAGAAAAAGGAGGCGGGUAAGGAGGAGGGUUCAAAGGGUGGGUCGAGUGAGUCCUCCUUCUCUCCUCCAGAUUUCUUCAGUUCCUCUAAUCCCGUUAAUGUGAAGCUUAAGAGGUUCAAUCCCUUUUCCGACCUCUUUGCUGAUUUUAAGAAGGAUUAGGCACUGAAGGAAAGAGUGAAGGAUGGAAGGAUGCUGCUUGAUGUAUGUGAAGGAAGGAAGGAAGGAAGGAAGGAAGGAAGGAAGGAAGAAGGCAACUCUACUAUUUAGGAAGUGAAUAUCUAGUCUUGUUUCUUUUCUUUUGCUUGUUAAACUUGCUAUGCGGCUGGUCCGUGUGUUAUGCGGCUGGUCCGUGUGUUAUGCGGCUGGUCCGUGUGUGUGUGUGUGUGUGUGUGUGUGUGUGUGUGUGUGUGUGUGUGUGUGUGUGUGUGUGUGUGUGUGUGUGUGUGUGUGUGUGUGUGUGUGUGUGUGUGUGUGUGUGUGUGUCCUAAAAAAUACUUCAGUUCCUCCUCAAAUACUAAAAAAAAAAUGUUAGUCUUUAUCAAUCUGUUGAGCUGUUUGCUUGUUUUCUUGUUUGUUUGUUAAGGUGGAAAUGUUUGGCCGAGUCACUGCUUAUGUUUGAAGAUCAUGGAGCUUUAUUUUCGUAAUUCUGAAACUGCUGAUAAAAGAAGAAAGUUUUCAUUAUCUAAAAAAAAAAAGAUGUAGAUUGUCACUCGUUUUCUUCAAUACACUUACGCUGCCACCA